UAUAAAACUGAAUGCACAUUAAAUAUAGCAUAUAUAAAGAGUACCAAACGUUUAUUUCUCAAGCUAAGUACACAUUUGGUACAAUAUACCAACCGAUUAUUUGAUUGUAGUUGAACAUGUUUCAGCUUAUUUUAUGGUUGGAAUGUAGUACUAAAACCGUUCGCUUGAUCAAACAUUAUUGUUAUAGUCACUUAAUCAAGGUUGAUUUGUAAGUUUGCUACUGACAUAACAGUAACCGGAUCCAACUUUCGAAGACUUGAGCAUUUACGAGCGACCUGCUUUAUCUGGUUUGUUAGCUGGGUCCAGUGCUAGUAGUGGUGACAUGGUUUCUGGACUGGCCUAUGAUUCUAAUAAAUCUCAAAGACCGCCGAACUCAGCCGACGAACCUGAUCUAUUCCUGAGACCUUAUGCACAGGACGACUUGAUUUCAUUGCGCAGUGAGGACGAAAUGGCGGGUGUCAUGAAUGGGGGGAUGGGAGGGGACGGGGUAGGGGGUGGGGGUGAGAACGAUCUGUUACGCCCCAUCUUCGACGCCAUAGACACUGAAGGGAGGGACUUCAUCACCCUGGACAAGUUCUUCGAGGAGAUGGAUAGAUAUUCCAACACGCCAAUGAGUGCCAACAAAAAAGAAAGACUUCAGAAGACUCUGGACCCCGACAACCAGGGCAUAGUCACCUACCCAAAUUUCGUCACUGGAGUCCUCAUGUUCAGACUAGAAGAAAAUAAUGACGCCAUGUCAGCGGAGGAGGCUGGGUAUGAACAACUUGUGAAUGAGUGGACAACAGUCGAUCAAAAUUCAGACGAAUUAUCCAAUGCUGCAACUAACUGGUCCACACAUGGGGAUCUGGAAUCGCCAGAGGAUCUGCUGGGAACUGAGUUCGAGAACACCCUUACCGCCAAAAACUCCCAACAGUCAGGGGGACCAUUCAAGGGAAUCAAAAAGAGCCACUCCAUCAAUGACAGGUUCAAAGGACAAGAUCUUCCCUAUUCCGCCCACAAUGGUCAUCAACCCAGAAGAGCAGUGACCCCCGGCGGGGCCAUCGGAGGGGGAGGGGGAGGGGAGAGGGGGGAUCGAAGUCAAAGUAGGACACUGCAGAGUGACCCCCUGUUUGACCCGGAAGAAGAAGUCUACUCCACCUAUUCAGACUUGGACAACAACGACGACGCUCUGUCAACUAGCAGUGCCAACAACCCACACUAUACUAACACAUCCUAUCGCUUCAACGAUGAUUAUGAUGACGGAAUGAACUAUUAUACCAUUCCGCGGAUUACAAGAGGCAGUCGAGGCGUGGACCUUGAGCAUGAGUUGAACUCUUUCAACCCCAUGCGGCUAAACGGUCACAAGGGCGCCGGAGUUCAUCCUCAUGACGUCAUGGACUGUCCCGGUCCCUCUAACCUUUUGUCCUCUAGAAGCAUGAGCGAAGCAGACAGACGAAAGAGAGAAAUAACUGCGCCUCAUCCGCUCAGUCUGCCAAACGCGCUUUCGACUAGACGAACGUCGGUUCCUUUCAAUGUGCCUAGACCUUCUGCACGUUCUAGAUUCGAUUCCCCGUCAUCUCGCGAAUACGGACACAGACGCGCCAAUUCUAAUAUGUCAAAUAUUUCCAGAUCUCCUCGGCCCCGAAGUCCCGGCGGAAACUCGGCUGUGGACGACGCCUGUUCUCACUUGUCCGAGUCAGAUGCAUGCAUGCUAGAUCACAAGAUCCGAUCUCUGCAGCAGCAGUUGGAGAAUUAUGUCUCAGGCAGGGCGGAGAGCGAGGCAGUCCAACUCAAGCUGCGAGAGGACAAAAACAACUUCCAAAAUAGAUCCCUGAUGCUUGAAGAGCAGUUGUCGGAGGUGAAGCGGAGCCACGAGGAUGAAGUGCGACACCUGAAGAUGAGUCAUCGCGAGGAGCGACAGGCUCUCGAGAGGGACAGCCGUGAGAAGGUGGAACAACUUAGAGAACAGAUGCGUGAGUUGGAGCAUAGCAGUCAAGAGAACAAGGCACAAGUACCGAGGCUGACUGGCCAGCUGGAACUACUCAAAGAGGACAAGCAGAAGUUGGAGGACAAGGUGGACGCCAGAGAUCAUAGCAUCAGCCAGCUGGAGGUCAAGUUAGCCAGACUAGAAGAGGAAAAGGAGCGGAUAGAGGAGGCACUACAUGCUAAACUCACUAAUCUACAACAGGAGCACAGACAGCUGCAACAGGAAUACGAAGCCAAAAUCCUGAGUAGAUCUCCGAGUAGACAGGGGAACUUCACUGUGAAAGCGGGGGGCAGCUUCACUCACGAUCAGGAGGGGGGAGACCAGGACGCCAAAGUUACAGAAAUGAUACACAAGUGCAAUCUACUACGAAAUGAAAAUUCCAAGCUAAUUGAGAAGAUCCACGAACUGGAGUCCAGUUACCGAUACCUCGAGUCUCGCAAGACCCUCUGCGACAACUGCCGACUACCUCUUUCUGGCCGAGCGUCAGUAGAUGCUGCUGUCCUGAGCGACCAGAGCAAGCACCGCGACACCACCGGCGGAUCCCUCGAAUCUCUGGAAGAUGUCUUACCCCUGGAUCCCGAGUCUAGUAACUCCCCUCUGCCGACGUGCACUCGAACUCCACCCCCGCACUCCACGGCACAUCAGCCGACGACUAGUCAGGGGGCACCUAGGUCUCUUGCUGCUGAGUUAGCCCAAGUGAUGAACAGACCGAGAGAGAUUGAUUUGAGUAAAGUUGUGAAAGAUGCACUUGAGCAGAACAAGUCAUACGAAACGAUAUGCUUUGAGCUGAAGCAGCAAGAACAAAUAAACGAUGACCUCCAGAACUACCUCAGCCGUCUAUUGCUGCUAAUAAUGGAGUCCAACCCAGAAAUUCUGGAAGUCAAAUGAAGAAUCCGGAAUAAAAUCGAGCGCAGCUUUAAAUCCAUUUAUUUCCCUUUUUGAAACAUAUCCAGUUGAAUGUAUCCAAACCAUAAGUUGAAUUAUUCUACUGCUUAGCUUAAAAUGAACAUAUCUCUAUUUAGACCCUUGUUUUAGUUGACUUGACGGGUCAAAUUUAUAUAAAAUAUAUUU